AUUUGCUGGUUUCAAAACACAAAAAUGAGAAAAUUGCGCUCGUUCAGAUUUUCAGUGACAGUCGAGUAUGGAGGCUUGCUAUUCUAGCUGGCUGUUGUGGUCUGUUCACAUUGUAGUAACAGCAUGCGAAUGGUGUGGACCUCUUCUUCAGAAUUGAUCCUUCUGUUGGUAUCAUCUGUGUUACUGAGAGGCCAAAGACUCUGCCAUGGUUGGACCGUCCCUCUGCGAACGUACCGGUACAAACCACUUGGUCGCUAUGGUGUCCCAACACCGCAAGCACGCCAUCCGCCCAAAUCCGAUGAUUGGGAGGACGCGGGUUGUGAUAGCGAAAUCUUGGAAAGAGUAGAGUCACUCAAUGCAGAUGAUGUGAGGACUGCUCGAGAAUCGAGUCUGGUCUUUGAAGACAGUGGUGGCAAGAGUGGAAUACUGGAGGAGGAUGAUGAUGGUGAACUGCCACCGUUUGAAUGGGUGGACAACCAUGUGGCCAUUCGAACUCUAGAACCAGUGUUGCUUCGGGAAGAGACAAACUCCAUCCAAAGAGCAGCAGAGACUCUAUGGGAAAGCCAAGAUGGGAGUUCUUCUCGUUUCUCCUAUCAAUAUGCCACAAAUUCAGAGGCGCAUGUGUCAGACUUUCCAUCAGAUAGUGAUGCCACCCUAGCCAUCAAUCGAGCACUCCUCACUAAAAUCUACCCCCUUAUUCGGAGAGCCUUUCCAACCAUCUCGCCACCCAAAGACGUUCCACUUUUUGUAUAUGAUGCCCUUGUCAUCCGAUACAACGCCACCAAAAGUGGGGACAGCAAUCAAACACCGAGGGCUGGACAGCCUUUGCAUCGAGAUUUGGGACUUGUCAGCGUCAACGUUAUGCUCAAUGAUGCUACUGACUUUGAAGGUGGAGGAACCUUUUUUGAGAAUCAGCUAAAGAACCAUCUCAACCAGGGGGCUGCUGAUGCCUUCAACACAUCAUCCAAUUUGCUGCAACACAAACCACAGCCCAUCAAACCACCCGGUGUGGGACACUGUCUGCUUCAUGAAUCCGCCGAACGGCAUGCCGGUGCUGCGACAGUGGCAGGGAUUCGGGAUAUCCUAGUUCUCUUUGUCACAGCUCCGUCGUCACCCAAAAUUGUCAAUGCACGCAUCAAGCAAUGUCGAGAAUUCUGCGAACAACUACAUCAAGACAACGAAAUCCAGGCUUUGGAGUGCCGGAUACGACAUCAUAACAUGGCACUGCGGCUAGUUCCGAAUGAUGGGGAAGCCUACCAGUAUUUGGGAACUGCUUGGAUGGAAUUUGCAGCUCUUGCAAAAGCGAACAAUGAUGGCAUGCAUCAUCAGCAUCAUUAUUUGCAACAAGCCAUUGACUGUCUGCAGAGGGCAGCAGUCCUCACUCCCUGUGAUUCUCGAGUUUACAACAAUUUGGGCAUUGCACUGGGACAACAGGUGGAACCGUUGAAGGAAGCGUCGUUUGCAAUCCAAACCUCCAAAGAGGCUUAUCGACGUGGCCAUACACUUUUGCUGGCUUUGGCCCAGGCAGGAUGCGAUGUGGUAGAUGAAACGGAUACACUGUCUCGCAAUUACGGAUUGAUGUUGGCCAACCAAGAUCGCUUUACGGAAGCUUGCGAGGUUUUAAAAGAUACUGCAGCGAGAUAUCUAGAGGCGGAGAAAAAAGAUGGCAAGGCACCACCUCGUGGCAUAGUGGAAGCGUACCAGCUAUGGAAGUUUUGUCAGAGUCGCUCAUUCCACGUGGCUUCUUGAGAGAGGAGCGAAUGCCUAGUUCAAAUUUGGAGCAACACUCAUGGAGCAUCGGGGCCAGGUCUCUGGCAUAUUGACAAAAUGCACGCAGCAUUGAGUCUGUGGUGGGCCUUUUUCAUCCACUGUUGGGGUGAAGUUUUACCUGAUACAAAGGCAUCUCGCCUUCGUAAGACUGGCAGGAAGCAUAUCCGACGGUGCCGGUACAAUGCGGUACGGUACUUGUACUAGUAGCGCAAGGGCAGCACCACACCCAGGACCCCCCAUUCAAUGAUUUGAUUCGGUUCGGUUCGGUUCGAUUACUGAUUCCAUUGGAUCAUUUGUGGGGGUGGGUCAAGCAGAGAUGCGGUACCGCGGUCUCAUACCGGCAGGACACAGGACUGCUUUAGCUUUCGGGAAUAGCAAAUUUAUCACCCAACAGCAUUAACAGCUGUGCUACCGGUACUAUGUCCUAUGAUCUUUAUUAAAUAGCAGACUAUGGGUAGUCUAGAAAUCUACAGGACCGUCCGACGGUUUUCGCUCAGGUUUUAAAAAAACUCAAAAUUUUGCAGUUGAAACAUUCCCUUAAACAUUCCCUUAAAACAUUCCCUUUAAUCCUUAACAUUCCCUUAAAUCAACAUUCCCU